AGCUUUCUGGGAGCUGCUGCCAGUGAUUAAUCCGCGGAGAUCGGAGGUAGCAGACUGGAUCAGAGAGCUUUGUGAUUCCACCAGCGUUAGACAGGCUGUUUAGUAGCUGGUAAAGGCGCCGUGGGCCUUAAACGCGUUUUGUUAGUAAACUAUGAGAGCCUUGAAGAGUCACUGUCCAGAGGGAGAAUUCCUAAGACUACCUAUUGCAUAUGAAGCUCGGUUUUGACUGGAUACCUUACAAGCCCAAACGACGUUACUUUGGAUAUCUCUGCAUCGCACGUUCAGCAGGCAGAUCUGAUUUUCCUUCAAGACUUCAUUCUUGUCUCUGGAACUGGAAGGUUAAUACAAAGUUCACUCCAUUUACUGGAAAUUUCAUCAACUGCGCAAUGCUCAACAGUUAGAUAUUGUUGAGAACUGAUAUUGUGGCCGGACACCUUCCGAUUAUUCAACUUCAAAAUGGCAGAGUUAACUACUACUAUCACGGAAUUUAAAUCACUGAACACUUCAGUGAUUAACGCAGCACUCCCUAUUUAUUUACCCACGACAAUAUCGCCGACAAAUACCACUAAUGCUACCAUGGACCUGAACGGGACAACUGAGGUGUUGUACGACAAUAACUUUAACUUACCUUGGUGGCAACAACUUCUGUUCAUAACAAUGUUUGUGGCAAUGUUUGUUGUGGCUGCUGGUGGCAAUAUCAUCGUAAUAUGGAUCGUUCUUGCUCAUAAACGCAUGAGGACAGUGACAAAUUACUUCCUUGUCAACUUAGCUGUUGCUGAUGUCCUGAUAUCAUUGUUAAACACACCGUUCAAUUUUGUGUACAAUAUGUACCAGGACUGGUGGUUCGGAGCUCACUACUGUAGGUUUUCUAUGUUCAUAUCCCCCUGUGCCAUUUCUGUUAGUGUUCUGACAUUCACCGCCAUUGCCAUCGACAGAUAUAUGGCCAUCAUUCACCCCCUUCGUCCACGUCUUACUGGCAGGAUUGUACUGACCAUCAUCGUUGCAAUAUGGAAGGCGUCGUUCCUACUUUCCUUGCCUAAUUUGCUGUAUUCUUCCAUUUAUCUUCAACCGUUCAAAGACGGAUCCUCCAGGAGUAUAUGCUUCCUCCAGUGGCCCGAUGGCUCAAACACUCAGAGUAAAUCGGAUAUGGGAUAUAACAUUUUACUGAUGAUUCUCAACUACUUUCUACCAAUGGUGACCUUGGCAGGAACAUAUGCUAGAAUAGGCUGGGAGCUUUGGGGCAGCAAGGCCAUUGGAGAGACCAUACCAAUGCAGGCAGAACGGAUUAAAAGUAAAAGAAAGGUGGUGAAGAUGAUGAUGGUCGUUGUGGUUAUCUUUGCCGUUUGUUGGCUUCCCACGCAUCUGUACUUCAUCAUUGGAAACAUACGUACCGACGUUGCCUAUUUCAGCUACAUUCAACAGAUUUACCUCCUCAUCUACUGGCUGGCGAUGAGCAAUUCAAUGUACAACCCAAUCAUAUACUGUUGGAUGAACGCUCGAUUCAGACAAGGAUUUCUGCGCUUUUUUCGCUGGUGUCCAUUUCGUCCGUGCAAGAAGACGCGAAGAAUGGUUAGCCAUGAACGAGCCUUCUACUCGACCCGUACGAGUAUGACUGCCUCGGAAAAAUAUACUUACGACAGAAAUGGCUCUUUGAUGCACACGACCAUGGACAGUCUUGAUGACACAACGUCGACACCAAGCGUGUACAGGAUGCAUCCCAUUGUUUCAAAGAGGACGCGGGAUGAUUCUGUUUGAAGGACAUUGGUGUUAUAUUGUUCAACUACAACCAAGCUCAAUCACCACAGUGAGACCAUAUACUUGCACAGAUAGUCGAUCAAGGUGUGCCCAUGUGCACCAUAUGAAGGAUGCUCUUCGUUGCAAUACAAAGCUGGGAAGAAUCGCCAGAACCUGCAAUAUAAAAUGGCUUAUAUGGACAAGUCUGUGAUUAUGAUCAACGCGAAGGCAAUGCAGUGCGUCAAUUGACAAUAAAAGUGAAAUGAGUGUUCAUAUUGACUGGUCUUUGUUUGGAGACAAAAUAAACACCUGGUGCCAGUUGGAGUCAAAUGAAAUAUGAAGACAACUUACAUCAAACGAAUGUGCUGUUGAUGAGAGUGUUCCUCAAGGCGAGGAUUCUUGGUUUUAAUGCCAACAUAUCGGUAAAAGGAUUGUUUAUCAUAGUUUAGUCAUAGGUGCAGAUUAUGCACGUCAAGAUUUCAAAGACAAGGCAAAAUGACUACAUCUUUUGCAAUGUCUUACCAACGUACAAAUAAGAACGAAUACUUUUUCCAUGUUAAGAUAUAAAUACCAUUACAACUAUUAGUAUGAAAGUUCUUCAUGAGUCCGUACAAAAAAAUAAAUAUAAGAAAUGCAUGUAUUCGACAACACCAAUUUAAUUUACAUAGCAAUUUACUUUGUUCCUUCGUGUACCUUUAAUUUAUCUUAGUUGAUUUAGUUUGCGUGUAUAUAUCAGUCGUUUCGUGUUACCCCGUUCAAUGUAGCUACAUAGUAAGUUUUUAUGCAGUUGUUUGAAAUGGGUGAUAUUGAUAACGCCGAGGUGAGACACGAGUGAUGGUGCUGUAGAAAGAUGAAAUACGAACUUAUACUUCCUUAUGAUGAUUAUAGGUAAACCUAAUACUGAAAUUGGCAACAGCAAGCAUGUACCUUUAUUGAGAAGACAUGUUUGCAUUGUGGUGUAGUGUCUCCGAAACUAACAAAUCAUUUACUACAUCAUAACUAACCAGCCUCACCUGUGAAUGUUUUCAACAGUGUGCAUACAAACGAUGAAUUGUACUGCUGACCUAAGAAAUGGUCACCACGAAGCUUUGAAGAGCAGGUUCCCUUUAAGUUAGAUGGUGGCAGUGACUUUCGGAAUCCGACAGACAAAUGUACUUAUCUGUCGAUUACUAAGCAUCUGACUCGUCCGACGUCGCAUUAAGACAGGCGGAAAUCUGUCAGCAAGGUAUUAUUGGAACCUAUACUUUCAUUAGUUUUAGAGAGUCGUUUUGCAAUAGUCUGAUGCCUGUCUAGCGGUUUUCUCAGUGCACGGUUUCUGGAGGUCUAUUCUAAUUUUGUAUCUAAAUUCUUACCAAUUAUUGACAGAAGUAUGUGAUGUCCUGGUGCAAACAGCAUCCCAAACUUCUACGAUGUAUGUCCAGAGUUGAUGAACUCUAGGACGACAGUCAACUAUAACCCUAUUCACAUACUGAUAUUUUGUGAUUUCUAUAACCAUUACACUAAAUAGAGAUGAUAAUCAGUCGCUCUCGUCACAUUGAGCUCUCUAAUCACACAAUAUGCGCGCUGGUAGUUUCAAUAAAGACUUGACUCGCGAUAUCCAUUUUUAUUUUGGUCAUAUUUUCAGGAAACCAAUAAUCCUGGAAUAUGGAUUACCAUGGUGCGUAGUUAAAGAAUAUCAGAGGACGUAAUCAUUAAUAUGUUCAUCGUUCCAUAGCAACAUCUAGGGAAAUAUUUCAUCGACAUAAUUUGGUGAAACAUGUUCGGUUUUUAAGUUCUUUUGAUCUCUGCAACAGAACAGCUAUUAAUCAUUAUUGUGUAAUAAGGACUACAUUUCCUGAUUAUCCAUUAUCUUUUGUCGCAUGGACAAUAACAUACGUACUCUUGUCACAAUCAAAGUCACAUGGGUGUUGUAAUGAUUGUAACCAGGCCUAAUCGUAAUGUUUUAUUAUGCAUAUUACAUGUUGGCUUUUGUAUAACCUAAGGAAUUUUUCAAUGUACAUGUCCACUAUGUUUUACGAAUUGUCACGAAGUGAAAUGUAUUACAUGUAUGUGCGUGACAUCGAUAUUUAUUUGUUUUAUGAUCGAAACGUUUUACUGUAUUGUAACAUCUAUAUUUCCAUUUGCAACGUAAAUAUUAAUUUGCAGAUAUAUUUUUGGGAUCAGUUAUUUUAGUGAAUCGCUUGACGAUGAGACAUUACUUGACUGAAUAAUAUAGAAAUGAUCAAAUAAUCACUGGGAUUAACAAGCACGCCUGUCUUUAUAUCAGCGUAUUAUACUAUUACUAUUCAAAGAUAACGCUAGUAGAUUCAAUUUGAUUAACUGCAUUUAAGAUAAACAUUUGUUCGUUAUUGUUGUCCAUAAAGAACGUCAAACAUGUUCAUAAAGAAGUGGCAUCAGCAGGUAACAGGAAUAGAUUGCGAAAUUGUUUAUGAAUUAGUGAUUAUAAGUCUAGGCAAUGCCCUUCAUAAUAAUUAGGAUAUAACACAUGCUGACGCGCACAUAUUGAUAUGACACGGUCUUACAUUGCAUUAUACAUGCAUUUCAUUGUACGUGACAUCACAAGCAUUUACAAUGACAUCACACACACAUAUAAAUUGAAAACAACUCCAGAGAUUAAUAAUAGUCUCGAAUAUCUGCAGAUUUUCAUAAGGCGUAGAAGUGAGGGAAAUUGUGAUGGAUCACUGAAAAUCAGUGCUGACAACAUGUUUUGCAAAACAGUGCAAUGAGACCACAUUUACUUGGAAUACCACACGAACUGACAAUGUUGAACAGACAUUGUCCGUAUACAUGUUAUGGAUCCAAAUAAUGUGAACGCUCACAAUAUGCAGCACAGGCCAAAAUAGUUACAAUAUAUAAAUAUAUUGUUCUUAUGAACAACGGUACCAUUCAGCCAUACCCAGAAAUAUAUAUACGUAUAUUUUCUACUCCCCGUUUCCCAGUGAUACUUUUAUCUUUUCAUGAUCCACAAAACUGACUCUCAUAUAUCACGUGUAUGACAUAUCUGAUUACCCUUGGGGCACGGGUGGCCCAGGCGUCUAAGGCGCCGCGAUUCGCUGUGUAGAGUUGCGUCCCUUGGGCACGCCAGAAACCUAUGAUUGCGGGUUCGAAUCCCGGUUCGCCCCGAUUAUGUUUCUAGG